ACUGUCCUGUUGCUGACUACACUGUUGGGUUGCAACCUGCAACCUCUACCGCUACAGCGAGGUACAGAAGAAUGGAAAACUCGCUAAAACAACGAAGAGGUCUUCAGAUAACUUGAACCCUAUGUGCCAUACCAGUGGAUGACAGAUCUCUGUGAGUUAGGGAUGGAUGACCUGUGGAGUGUAACGACUUUGUUGCUGCAGGUGUGGUUCUCCGUGAUGAUUGGGCUCAUCAUGAUACCUGCUAUGUUUGGCCUCUCCCUGGGGGUCACUUCGGUCUACAUUCAGAUUCUGGUCAAGAUAUUGGAGUGGGCCACCCUGCGGAUCCAGAGAGGACACAGGGAUCGACCCACUUUGCCAGUGCCUGCUCCGCUACCCAAUGGACUCAUCCAGAGGGAGGGUGGCUCUAUGGAACACGAGAUGGGGGAGCUGCGUCGGUAUCGUACCCAGUCCAUAUCGAGGGGAGAGUUUGCGCUGAGCGACUCAUUCUACUUCUACAGAAAGGGCCUGGAGAGCAUCGUGGAUGACCAAGUGACUCAGCGCUUCUCCUCUGAGGAGCUGGUCUCCUGGAACCUCCUGACCCGCACCAACCACAACUUUCACUACAUCAGCCUGCGCCUCACCGUCAUCUGGGGCCUGGGCGUGAUCAUACGUUACUGCGUGCUUUUCCCUCUCAGGAUAACCCUGGCAAUCAUAGGGUUGAGCUGGCUGGUGAUCGGGACAAGUUUGGUGGGGUUUCUACCUAACAGGAGAGUGAAGAACUGGCUCAGUGAGUUAGUCCAUCUGAUGUGCUACAGGAUCUGUGCCAGAGGCCUCUCUGCCACCAUCCAAUACCACAACAAAAAUAAUAAACCACAAAAAGGAGGAAUAUGCGUAGCAAACCACACCUCACCUAUUGACAUUGUCAUUUUGGCCAAUGAUGGAUGUUACGCUAUGGUGGGUCAAAGUCACAGUGGGCUGAUGGGGGUCAUCCAGAGAUCAAUGGUGAGGUCCUGCCCCCAUGUGUGGUUUGAGAGGUCGGAGAUGAGAGACCGACAUGCUGUUACCAGUAGAUUGAGGGCUCAUGUUGCAGCGAAGAGCAAUCUACCCAUUUUGAUUUUCCCAGAGGGAACCUGCAUCAACAACACAUCGGUCAUGAUGUUCAAGAAGGGAAGCUUUGAGAUUGGAGGGACAAUAUACCCAGUUGCAAUCAAGUAUGACCCACGCUUUGGAGAUGCCUUCUGGAACAGUGCCAAGUACAACAUGGUGAGCUACCUACUGAGAAUGAUGACCAGCUGGGCCAUCGUGGUCAAUGUGUGGUACCUGCCCCCAAUGACCAGACAGGAAGGGGAAGAUGCUACCAAGUUUGCCAACCGAGUGAAGUCUGCUAUCGCACAUCAGGGAGGGCUGUUGGACAUGGCGUGGGAUGGGAGCUUGAAGAGAGACAAGGUGAAAGAAGAAUUUAAAGAGCAUCAACAGAAGAUGUACAGCAGUAUGGUUGUGGGAAAGAAAGCUAGAACCUCACAAGAGCCUCACACAGAGAGCACCAAGAGAUAAUGACAUUGGAAUUAACACUGGACAAUCUCUGACAGUGGGCGAUAACUUCAAAGUAUUUUACAAACUACAAUGCAUACGGCCUGGAGUAAUUCCAAAUCAAUGGCCUUUGUUAUUGAAUACGGAUUCAUUAUCAUUGUGUGGUAUCAGACUCUGAUACGCAACAUAUAGUGUAUCAGUUUUUAAUGCAUGAAAUGCCUCUUUUUUAAAGAAUUGUUUUAUAGAAACAUAAACAUAUCAAACUUAA